UGGGCUCUGCGUAGCCGGUAAGUCCCUCUGCCUAUCCUCCCACUAUCCCGGCCCGCGUCUCCUCCCCGUCCCAAGGCCCGGUCCGGCUAGGGGCUGGCCUGGCAGCAGUCCCCAGGGUGGGAGAAAGCUCAUCACCACUUCCUCCUGGGGAAACUGAGGCCUAAGAGGCGUGGCUCGCCUUGGGAUCACACUUGCCGUCAGGAGUGCCGCCAGAAUGAGGCCGCCCUUGGUGGGGCCCACAGCGUCUGCACAUGAGGUCACGAGUCGGCGACUGGACUGGGGCCAGGUCACCCCCCUUGUUAUCCCUCAAUCCAGGGGCUCCCUGCUGCUGCGGGUCUGGGAGCUGAGGUGGCCCUGGAGGCCCAGGUCCAGCUUCUGCCAGGGACUCAGGCCCUGACCCGGUCCCCACCAGCCACACCUCUGCAAAGUCCCUCCUAGAGCCCUGGACUAAGUCCAGCUGGUCCCCCUGGCACGGAUGGGGAAACUGAGGCCCAGGGAAGUGGACUGGCUGGCCCUUGGCUACACAGGAAGAGACGAGAACAGAGGCCCAGAGAGGUUAAAUUAUUGCCCCAAAUCACACAGCCAGUUGGGGCAGAGCUGGGGUUCAGACUCUGGCCUGCUGGCGCCCCCACGGCAGCGCCCUCGGUGCCCCCCCACACCCCGCCCCCUCCAGAACCUCCUUCUGCUGUGGACCUUCCUGAACUGUGGUUUAGGAGGCGGUGCUCAGGGUCCAGGUGAGUGGACCCCGUGGGGUUCCUGGAGUCGCUGUUCCAGCUCCUGCGGGCGGGGUCUCUCCGUGCGCAGCAGGCGCUGUGUCUGGUUCCCUGGGGAAGAGCCGUGCUGGGGAGACUCCCACGAGUACCGUCUCUGCCGUUUGCCAGACUGUCCCCUACGGGCCAUUCCCUUCCGAGACCUCCAGUGUGCCGUCUACAAUGGUCACCCUGUCCUUGGCAGCCAGAAGACUUACCAGUGGGUGCCCUUCUAUGGUGCGCCCAACCAGUGCGACCUCAACUGCCUGGCCGAGGGCCACGCCUUCUACCACAGCUUCGGCCGCGUCCUGGACGGCACGCCCUGCAGCCCGGGGACGCAGGGGCUCUGCGUGGCUGGCCGCUGCCUCAGCGCCGGCUGUGACGGUUUGCUGGGCUCGGACGCCCGCGAAGACCACUGCGGCCGCUGCGGCGGCGCCAACGAGUCGUGCCUUCUGGUGCAGCGCGUGUUCCGAGACUCCGGUGCUUUCGCCGGGUACUGGAACGUGACCCUGAUCCCCGAGGGUGCCAGACACAUCCAUGUAGCCCACCGGAGCCGCAACCACCUGGCGCUGAUGGGGGGCGACGGGCGCUACGUGCUCAACGGGAACUGGGCUGUCAGCCCACCCGGGACCUACGAGGCGGCGGGCACCCGUGUGGUCUACACCCGCGAGGCAGGGCCAGAGGAGAUGCUGAGCGCGGCUGGGCCCACCUCCCAAGACCUGCUCCUGCAGGUCCUCCUGCAGGAGCCCAACCCCGGCAUCGAGUUCGAGUUCUGGCUCCCUCGGGAGCGCUACAGCCCCUUCCAGGCCCAGGCACAGUCCUUGGGCUGGUCUCUGCGGCAGCAGCAGCCUCAGGAGGUGGAUGGGCAGCCCUCCAAGCUCCCGGCAGCCCCAGCUACCACUGUCCCACGGAUCCCAACCCCCGCCCCAGACCCCUGCUCACCCUGCCCUGACACCCGAGGUCGCGCCCACCGGCUGCUCCACUAUUGCGGGAGUGACUUCGUGUUCAGGGCCCGAGUGCUGAGCCGCCAGCAUCAGGCCCAGGAGACCCGCUACGAGGUUCAAGUGCGGCUCAUCUACAAGAACCGCUCGCCGCUGCGAGCCCUCGAGUACGUGUGGGCCCUGGGUCGCUGCCCCUGCCCCCGGCUGGACCUCCACCGCGAGUACCUGCUGGCUGCCCAGCGCCUCAUCAGCCCAGACGGCACUCAGGACCGACUGCUGCUGCCCCACACGGGCUAUGCCCGCGCCUGGAGCCCCGCGGAGGACAGCCGUGUGCGCCUGGCCGCCCGCCACUGCCCCAGCUGAGCCCCUCGACAAGGCCCCUGCCACGUGCCACAAGAAAGACACGCCGGACCAGGAAGCCAGGAGAUAUCUUACACCUCGAAACUGCGUGUCUGCUUUGAUUCCCUUUGCCUCACACUCACGUUCUUAGAGACACUGUCACGAACAAGCCCGUGCUACCAGGAAGCUCGCUGCUGUUUAACCUGACGCCCUGUGCUUUCUCCUCUCACAGACACACAGAGACUGCGUAUAGUCAAAGACGCUCUAACAAACAGGCCCAUCCCCAGAGGACAUGCCUGACGAAACUAUAAUGUCCCGCUUUCCUGGUUACCAGCAAGGCCAGAGAUAAUCUUGAGGACCUUAGUAGUUCGGCUGGGUUUCUUUCUCUCCUU